AUGGCUGCGAACGACACAUCAAGCGACCAGUUCGCAAUCCUGCCGAUUCGCAUGCCACCCGUCCCGUCCUUCCCUCACAGCGCCGUCCACGAAGUUCGUGUUCGUCAAAAUGCACCGAAAAUCCCGACGCCGAACGACUCCCGGAGCCUUUUUCUGAAGAAUGUUCCAGCAGACAGCACUGAGCCUCAUUUCAGAGCUGUAUUCAGCAAUCUCGUCGGCGCUGGACGCUUCGAAACUAUUAUUUUUGAGGACGAAGCAACAACCGGCUUGGAGGUUGACCCUGCCCAAGCUACUAAGAUGCAGGGUCUCGCCAGGAAGCGCAAAAUGAUGGACAUCGAAGCUGAAGAAAGAGAGCGAGAGGAAGUGGCUUCCCGGUUACCACAAAUUUGGACAAGGCAAUUACAUAGAAGCAGUGGCACUGCAGUGGUGCUGCUUGCGGACGAGAAGAGUGUCCAAUUGGUACUCAAGGCCAUCGCAAAGCUUCAAAAGAGUAAAAAAUAUCCCGUGUGGGGCGAAGGUUUGGCGGAUGAUGUUCCGUCAUUAGGAUCAUCGUGGAUAUCUUCACACCUACAGCUUUCGAGAGUAGACAAGUCCGCCGCCCAAACAGCUGUCCACGCAUUUUUCAAUGUAUUCAACCGCAAGGAGAAGGAGGCUAUCGAACUGGCCAAGAGACUUCGAAAUGAACCUGACGAAGAUGGCUUCGUCACUGUCACACGAGGAGGAAGAGCGGCACCAGCUAGCCGUACCGAAGCUGAAGAGGCUAAGCAACGAAUGGUGGACAAGGCAGCCAAGAAGAAGUCCGAGUUGAAGAAUUUCUAUCGAUUCCAGCUUCGCGAGCAGCGGAAGAUGGAGCAGGCAGCCCUUCUUAGACGAUUUCAGGACGAUAGGCGAAAAGUCGAUGCCAUGCGGGAGAAACGCGGCAAGUUUAAGCCAGAGACCUGA